CCAUUGCGGACAUGACACUGACGAUUUGCAUUUACUGGGAGAAAAAAAAAUAAUGGCCUCAUCGUAGUAAACUAGACAAAAUGUCGUUUGAGCUUAACAUCCAAUAAGUCAGCGCACCGGGUCAUGUAAGCUCUUAGUUUGACACGUCCUCCCGUUAGACAGUAGCUUUGUAUUAACGACACUUCACCGGGCGGCUCGGUAGCUAAUUGACGUCAACGUUGGGACGAGGACAGUGGCGAGCUAUGACGGCUAGGAGAGCCAGCCGACAUCCUCGGACAUGUCCGGCUUUGCUCGCCAUCUUUCUGCUAUUAUUGACUGUGCACUUGGUGAAAACAGCUUCUGAGUAUGACCCGUACAGAAUCCUGGGCGUGAGCAGGAGUGCGAGUCAAACAGAAAUCAAAAAGGCAUACAAGACCCUUGCCAAAGAAUGGCAUCCAGACAAGAACAAGGACCCUAAAGCUGAGGACAUGUUCAUCAAGGUUUCUAAGUCAUAUGAGAUUCUCUCUAAUGAGGAGCGAAGGUCCAACUUUGACCGUUACGGGCAGAUGGAUGAAAACCAGCCCUUCGGCCAGUCCCAGCAUCAUGGCUUCCGCGGCUUCCACAACAGCUUCUACUUUGAUGAGUCCUUUUUCCAUUUCCCCAGGUCCAGGGACUUUGCGGACAGCAAGUACCUGCUUCACCACGCACAGUUUAACAGCGAUAUCCUUCCAGACAGCCACAAGAGGCCGUACCUAAUCAAAGCGACCUCCGAGUGGUGCUUUGCAUGCAUCCACAUUGAGCCUGUGUGGAAGGAGACGGUGCAGGAGCUGGAGCCGCUGGGUGUUGGCAUUGGCAUUGUGGACCUGGGUUAUGAGCGUCGCCUGGCCAACCAGCUGGGAGCUCACCGCGUUCCCUCCAUCAUCGGACUGGUGAAUGGCAGGGUGACCUUCUUCAAUCAGGCUGUGGUACGGGAGCACCUGCGACAGUUCAUUGAAGACCUGCUGCCCCAGAAACUGGUGGAAAAGAUCACAGAUGACAACUACCUGGGUUUUCUGGAUAGCUGGCAUGCGGAAAAUAAGCCCAGCGUUCUCUUGUUUGACCAGGUCCCUGUUGUUCCCCUGCUCUAUAAAUUAACAGCAUUUGCCUUCAGAGACUAUGUGCGCUUCGGCUACGUGGACCAGGGUGACACACACAACACUCGGCUACUGAGGCAGUUUAACAUAAACACAUACGCCCCCACCAUGCUGCUGUUUAAGGAGGAUACAGAGAAGCCUGUUGACAUCAUCCAGGCCAGAGGGAUGAAGCGACAGAUCAUGGAUGAGUUUGUCUCCAACAACAAGUUCCUGCAGGUGCCACGCCUGGUCAACCAGCAGCUUUUCGAUGAGCUGUGUCCUGUCAAGCAGUUCCACAGACGGAGGAAGUACUGUGUACUGCUGAUAACAGGGGAGGACCAAGCUUUUCUCCCAGGCAAUAAGGCCUUCCUGGACUUCGCAACAGCUAACAGAAAAGAGGUGCUGCGGUUUGCGUACGUCUACCAGCGUCAGCAGCAGCCUCUCUGUCAGGCACUGCUCCAUAAUCAGGCUGCAGCCUCACCUCAGGUGGUGAUUCUUGAGAGGCGGAGCCAGGCUGGCAAGGCCCUAUACCGCUCUGUGAGCGGUGGCUGGAACGGCAGUGAAGAAGAUAAAUACCGCCUCCACGAACAGCUAGAGCUCCUUCAGAAAGACCCCACCUAUCUGAGCUCAGACGCCACCCUGCCAGAACUCAACAACGAGAUGGCCCCGAUGUUCAUUAUUCAGUGGAUGAAUGCUGCCUAUGAUUACAUUCUUCAAAUAUAUGAUGACCUUCUCUACUCAAACUGGCGAGAGAUGAUGCCCAUCCUGUCACUGAUCUUCUCAGCUCUCUUCAUUCUUUUUGGCACCGUUAUCAUUCAGGCCUUCAGUGAGCCAGGUGAGAGCAAACCCCAGAAACCAAAGCCAAAGGAGCAACCGCAAUCUGAGGACGACGCUUCAAGUAGAGCUAGUACCUCAAGCCGUCCUCCUAAGAAGGACUUUGUGGAAGUGACAGAGCUGACAGACAUCACGUACACCAGCAACCUGGUCAAGCUGAGGCCGGGCCACAUCAAUGUUGUCUUGGUGCUCACCAACGCCUCCAAGACUGCCUUGCUCAGGAAAUUUGCCAAGGAGGUUUUUUCUUUCUCUGGGACUCAGACCCUCCACUUCUCCUUCCUCAACGCUGAUAAGCACCGCCAUUGGAUGGCAUCGCUCCUUCGGUCAACCUCUGAUGCUAUGCAGAGCGAGGGUUACUCAGACGAGGACGAGGAAUCUUUAGACUACAGUGGCCAUGUCCUGGCCCUCAAUGGCCACAAAAAAUACUUUUGCCUCUUCAGACCCGUCUUCACGGGGGACGAUCCCAAUGACUCUUCAUCCGAGACCUCAUUCUCCUCUGACACCAGGAGAAAGUCCCGUUCCAGGUCCAGGUCCAGCUCCCACUCUCGAUCCAGGUCCCAUUCCAGGGAGGAUGGGGCCGUACCCAGACGAGGCUCCAGUAGGGCCACCAGCAUAGAAGUCCACCACAAGCUUGACAGGCUGGGACUGUGGAUGGAGAGGCUAAUGGAGGGCACCCUACCCAGAUUACGGGUCCCUGCAUGGCCCUUUCUCAAUGAAAGCACUAACAACCCCUCCACAGAAAGCUGAGGUCAAAGUAAGAAAGGUACAAAUGGUAGUGGACACACUUUGUGGUCUUGCCUCCUAAUUAAGUCCUUUAGGAAUGCAGUUUUGCAGUUCUCAAAUUAUUAUUUAAGAUCCAUGUCACACAUGUAGGUUGCCACACUAAACUGUUGCAGCCUGUUUACAGAAUGUCUUAUUUUAUCUGUUAGAUGGCGUUGAGCAGGUGGAAGUUGAUGGCUUAGAGUAGUGUGUUACCACAAAACUUUUAAAAUGUGCAUAAUAAGGCUGAGCUGUAAGAUAUCACUUCAUGUCUGCUGUACAGAGACAGAAGAAGGAAAGAGGAGAGAAGCUAUGGGAAAAAAAACCAGAUGGAGUUUCUCCUGAUAUGCUCUUAAAUACAUACACAGUUGUUCUUCACACACACAGUAGUUAGCCACAGCAGCGUACAAAGCAGAGCUAUGAUUGCAUGCAGAACUGCUUUAUUUGCUCUCAUGUGGCUGCUGGAGUUAUCCCUAUUUAUUACCCACAAACAGCCAAUAAGCAUCAGGGUACAGACGUUAGCUGUAAUAGCUAGCUGUGUGUGUGUGUGUGUGUGUGUGUGUGUGUGUGUGUGUCAGUUACAGAUUAACUCCAGUUCUUUGUGUUCACUUCCUCUUCUUUUAACUCUUGUCUCUGUACAUUGAUUAGGUGAAGUCAUACAGCAAGAGAUAAGCGUAUUUUCUUUUUUUGCUUUACUUAAGUCCUUUGAACCACCUCUAAUAUUUGCUCUGCACCUGAACACAUCUUUCUACAAUUAACAGCCCUCUGUCAUGAGUUUGACCUUUGGCAGCGUGUGGCAGAAUUCUCUCCACAUCGGAUUUGUUUGGAAGCAGGUUAAUACGAAUAAAGGCUUGGAAACUGAGCCUGAUGCACUGAAUUUAUAGAUAAAUUAUGUGUUUGUUUUUUUAACUUAUAGGAGCCUUCAGUUGAACUUGAUCAUUGACCUUGGUUUGCUAUUAGAGAUCUGACGCAGACUUCUUGAAUCUAGGCAUAAAGAGAAUUUCACAGAAUUGUAAGCAGCAAAAAUCAACUUAUUCACAUAAAUCCACAUUUUACUCGGCUUUUAAAGAAAGAUUGCUGAUGUGUUUUUUCUCCUCAGAUCAAGUUGCCAUGUCAUGCUGCUGUUUAGUUACGGGAUUUAACUAGAGCCCGACCGAUGUUAUCGCCGCAAUUGGCCUAUUGCAGUCAUAUCGGUAUCAUAUUGGUAUGGGCGUAUAUGUUAUCCGAUAUGUGCCAAUAUGAAAACAUUACAACAUAUAUUUUUUUGGUAUAUAAUCUAGAAAAAGAUAAUAUAUUGGUGUCACUGCACAGUUUAACCAGCAGAGUGUGCUGUGAUUUAUAGUACUGUAGCAGGCAGCACAAGAAGAGAGAACAAGCAGCUCUCUGAAGUGAUUAUGUUACAUUUUUUAAUAUGCACAAUAAAGUUAUUUGUUUAAAGAAAAAUGAGAACCAUUGCAUAGUCAUAUUCACAAUCCUCAUAGAAAAGCUCUAUUUUCAUUCCAACAGAAAAAUUCACUGUUCACUAUUACUAUCAGUGAAUCGGUGAAUUGUUCCCCUCUAAAAUUGGUAACAGACUUAAAAAUCCCAUAUCGGUCGAGCUCUAGAUUUAACAUGCCACCUGCCAAGUUUGAAUUCUGUUUAAAUUUGAUGUCUUUCUAGGUAAGUUGUACCCAGAAUGUCGAAAUCUGCCUUUUUUGUCUUUACAGUUGCUGUUUUUUUGGGGCUAAUUUUGUUCUCAUCAGUUGUCUGAAUCAGGGAGAAACAAUAAAUCCUACUAUGUUAUUGCCCUUUUUGAGCCUGUGCCCUUAAACCACUGUACACGGUAAUGCAUGGGAUAAGUAGAUCUAAAAUGACUAAUACAUGUUGAAUUUGCACUGGCAAUUCAAAGGUUUAAUCUCCUGUUUCCUCCUUUUACGCUAUAAUGAAAUAAUUUGCUGCUCAACAAGAAAUAAUUGCAGUACACUGUAACUUGUAAUCUUUUUUUUCUUGUAUGUCCUUUGAACUUCAUAUUCAACUGUGAGAGAUGAAGUGUAACUUAUUAAAAGAAACUUCUUUUUAAAGCAGUUUAUUUAUUAAAAUGUGCAGAUAACUUUGA